AUGUUCACAGGUCUACGAGCACAUAAUCACUUUGGCCGCCCUAAUUUCGAUGCGUUCUUCUCUUAUAUGCAGAAUGUACAUCACGAUACACCAGACAUCGGGGUAUUCAGUUGCGGUCCAUCGUCACUCAAUGAUCAGAUCAGUUCGGCCUGUGCUCGUGCUAACCGUGCUCGAAAUGCACCUUCUUUUAUGCACAGAUUCGAAACAUUUUAA